AUGAAUAAUGCUGCAAAUACAGGGACGACCAAUGAGUCAAACGUGAGCGAUGCUCCCCGUAUUGAGCCUUUACCAAGCUUGAAUGAUGAUGACAUUGAAAAAAUCUUACAACCGAACGAUAUCUUUACGACCGAUCGUACCGAUGCAAGUACUACAUCUUCCACAGCCAUUGAAGAUAUUAUUAACCCCUCAUUGGAUCCGCAGUCAGCAGCAUCGCCGGUUCCUUCUUCCUCUUUUUUCCAUGACUCAAGGAAACCUUCCACCAGUACACAUUUAGUAAGGAGAGGUACUCCAUUGGGAAUUUACCAAACCAAUCUAUACGGUCACAAUAGCAGAGAAAAUACUAAUCCUAAUAGUACAUUAUUAUCUUCUAAGUUACUCGCGCAUCCACCAGUUCCUUAUGGGCAAAAUCCCGAUUUACUACAACAUGCUGUGUACAGGGCACAGCCGUCAAGUGGAACCACUAACGCGCAACCGCGCCAAACCACAAGAAGAUAUCAAUCCCAUAAAUCACGGCCUGCAUUUGUUAAUAAACUAUGGAGCAUGUUAAACGAUGAUUCUAAUACGAAACUUAUACAGUGGGCGGAGGAUGGAAAAUCUUUUAUUGUCACGAAUAGGGAGGAAUUUGUGCACCAAAUUUUACCAAAAUAUUUUAAACAUUCCAAUUUCGCUUCCUUUGUAAGACAAUUGAACAUGUAUGGAUGGCAUAAAGUUCAAGAUGUCAAGUCAGGAUCAAUUCAAAGUAGUUCAGAUGAUAAGUGGCAAUUUGAAAAUGAAAACUUCAUUAGAGGUAGAGAAGAUUUGCUGGAAAAAAUAAUCAGGCAGAAAGGUUCCUCCAAUAACCAUAAUAGCCCUAGUGGUAACGGUAAUCCAGCGAAUGGUAGCAACAUCCCUCUGGACAAUGCCGCAGGAAGUAAUAAUAGCAAUAAUAACAUCAGUAGUAGUAAUUCAUUUUUUAACAAUGGUCAUUUAUUGCAGGGUAAAACACUAAGAUUAAUGAACGAAGCGAAUCUUGGAGAUAAGAAUGAUGUCACCGCGAUUUUGGGGGAAUUAGAGCAAAUAAAAUAUAACCAGAUUGCAAUUUCCAAAGAUUUACUAAGAAUAAACAAAGAUAAUGAGUUAUUAUGGCAAGAGAAUAUGAUGGCCAGGGAAAGACAUAGAACCCAACAGCAAGCCUUGGAAAAAAUGUUCAGAUUCUUGACAUCUAUAGUCCCACACUUAGAUCCCAAAAUGAUUAUGGACGGGCUGGGAGAUCCGAAAGUUAAUAAUGAAAAGCUAAACAGUGCGAAUAACAUUGGGUUAAAUCGCGACAACACAGGCACUAUAGAUGAACUAAAAUCCAACGAUUCUUUCAUAAACGAUGAUCGUAAUUCUUUCACCAAUGCUACAACCAACGCCCGUAAUAACAUGAGUCCCAACAAUGAUGACAAUAGUAUUGACACCGCUAGCACUAAUACCACCAACAGAAAGAAAAAUAUAGAUGAAAACAUCAAAAAUAACAACGACAUAAUUAAUGACAUUAUAUUUAAUACCAACCUUGCCAACAAUCUCAGCAAUUACAAUUCCAACAAUAAUGCUGGCUCGCCAAUAAGGCCCUAUAAACAAAGAUAUCUUUUGAAAAAUAGAGCCAAUUCCUCGACAUCGAGUGAGAAUCCAAGCCUAACGCCCUUUGAUAUCGAAUCUAAUAAUGACCGCAAAAUUUCAGAAAUUCCUUUUGAUGACGAAGAAGAAGAAGAAACGGAUUUUAGGCCUUUUACCUCGCGAGAUCCUAAUAACCAAACGAGUGAAAACACUUUUGAUCCAAACAGAUUUACGAUGCUCUCUGAUGAUGAUUUAAAAAAAGAUUCUCAUACCAAUGACAAUAAACACAACGAAAGUGAUCUUUUUUGGGACAACGUACAUAGAAAUAUAGACGAACAAGAUGCAAGACUCCAGAACUUGGAAAAUAUGGUUCACAUACUUUCUCCUGGAUAUCCUAAUAAGUCGUUCAACAACAAAACUUCCUCGACAAACACUAAUUCCAAUAUGGAAAGUGCUGUCAACGUUAAUAGCCCUGGUUUCAACUUACAGGAUUAUUUAACUGGAGAGUCUAAUUCCCCCAAUUCUGUUCAUUCUGUUCCCUCCAAUGGCAGCGGCUCCACACCGUUGCCCAUGCCAAAUGAUAAUGACACCGAGCACGCAAGUACAAGUGUCAAUCAAGGCGAAAAUGGAAGCGGAUUAACGCCCUUCCUCACGGUAGAUGAUCACACACUAAACGACAAUAACACUAGUGAGGGAAGUACAAGGGUGUCCCCCGAUAUAAAGUUCAGCGCCACUGAAAACACUAAAGUGAGUGAUAACCUGCCAAGCUUUAAUGACCACAGUUAUUCCACCCAGGCCGACACGGCGCCCGAGAACGCUAAGAAAAGAUUUGUGGAGGAAAUACCGGAACCGGCUAUAGUCGAAAUACAGGACCCGACAGAGUACAACGAUCACCGCCUGCCCAAACGAGCUAAGAAAUAG